AUGGCGUCCGACCAUUACACAAUGAGGCCCUCGAUCGAUAUCGGCGACGAUAUCCCACCAGACACGCCCGAGACGGCUUCAAAACCGCUGUUGGACAGCACAUUAACCGGCCCAUCAGACCACGAGCUCGACACUCUCCAACCUCCCAUCAACCCCGUCGCCCACCAACCCUACUCCUUCUCCCAAGCUCCCUUCCGCUACCCGUCGAAAUACUCCAAAGCCAACGCCAAGCGCCCUGCCCAGCGAUACCAGGCGUACAAGCCCGACGUCGAGAAGAAGCCGCCCAAGCCGUUUACUGCCUUCUCGCCAUGGCGCAGACGCUUCAUCCUCACUGUCGUGACCACGGCGGGCUGCUUUGGUCCGCUGGCGGGAAACAUUUACCUGCCCGCGCUGCCGAUUCUCGAGAAGGAAUUCAACGCGAGCGCCACCAUGAUUAACGUGACGGUGUCCGUCUUCAUGCUGACCUUUGCCAUUGCACCCAUGUUCUGGUCAAGUUUCGCCGAUGUCAAGGGCCGACGUCCUCUGUACAUCAUUUCUCUCGCCAUCUACAUCGUCGCCAACGUUCUAUCCGCCGCUGUGCCUUCCAACUACGGCGCACUCGUCUUUCUGCGCAUAGUCCAAGCCUUUGGAUCCGCCGCUGUGGUUUCCAUGGGUGCAGGAACGGUAGCUGAUGUCACUCCGCCCGCGAAACGAGCGUUUGCCAUGUCCAUUUUCCUCAUGGGUCCUCAGCUUGGUCCGGUCCUCGGCCCCGUCUUCGGCGGUGCCAUCGGAGCAGUGUCAUGGAGAUGGAUCUUUGGUUUCCUCGCCAUUGGUGGCUUCCUGCUUUGGCUCCUCAUCAUCUUCUGCCUUCCAGAGACCCUCCAAGCAAGAGUUGGCGAUGGUAGUAUAUAUAAGGACUCGGGGUACUUUAUGUUUCCUCCAAAAUUGUUCUCUCCAAUGGCCCCCGAGUCGCAGAGAGGUCCUGCGCCGCCAAAGCCCUCCUUCAAGGGCUACUGGAAGAUGUUCACCUACCCUCCGAUUGGAAUUGUCAGCUUCAACACGGCCAUGCUGUAUUCGACAUACUUUGGCAUGGCUGUCCAACUGCCCACAGAACUCACUAUCCGCUACCACUGGGACUCGGCCGCCACCGGUGCUGGUUUUCUGGCCGUUGGUAUUGCCAUGAUCGUUGGUAGCUUGCUUGGUGGUUGGUAUUCCGACUACCGACGCGAAAAGGCCAUUUACGAGUCCGAUGACGGCAAGGUAGACCCCGAGAACCGUCUGGCAGAUCAGAUUUACGGAGUCAUCAUCUGUUUCGUCGGCACUGUCAUGUUUGGCUGGUUUGUGGAAAAGACCUAUCACCCGGCACUGGUGAUUAUCGCCACAUUUAUCACUGGCUUUGGCAUGAACUGGGUGUUUGUCGCUACAACCGCUUUCUUGACCGAGUGUGUCCAGCAGCAGGCAGCCGGGGCUUUUGCCUUGGGGAAUCUCCUCCGCAACCCUGCUGCUGCAAUCUCGGCGUUGCUGAUUCCCACGUUGGUGAACAAGAUGGGAGCUGGGUGGUGCUUUACCGGACUGGCACUUGUGGACUUGGUCCUGGUUGGAGGAGCUGUCAUGGUGCUUCGAGUCCAGGGUCCUGUAUGGAGGAAACAGCGCGCGGCCAGAAUGGCACAAGCCAAGGCCAUGAAACCCCCGGGGGCACCGGGGCCAUAA